AUGCAUAUUCUUCUUUCAGAGACUCUGAAAAAGGUGAAAAUCUUGUUAGACGAAGUGAAUGAGGUAAAACAACUCGUAGGUGAGUAACUAUCUGCAAACACGCAUCGGGAUACCAAAUUGAGCCAAAUACAAGCCUGUCAAACCUUUGUUGCUCUCUAGCUUCUAUUUUUCUUGUACAGUCAAACAGCCCCUCACGGAUACCCGCUUAUUACAGAAACCUCAUUAUUACGGACAGUUUGCUUUGUUGUCGGAGAAAGAAAGCCCUUACAUUUCUCUAAAUUCAACCGCUUAGUGCGGAUAGCCCAUUAUUACGGACUCCUCUAAGGUUUCCGCAGUGUCCGUAUUAACAGAGUUUGACUGUACUUCUACCCGAAAUCAUUUGGAGUCACGUGUUUUAAGGGGUACUGCUUGGCUUGGGCCUGAGAACGUAACGCCUUACAGGGAUCUCAUAUCUGACUAGAAUAUGGUCACGUGGUACAAAAAACACCUUGCUGGAUGGCAAGCAAUUGCAACGCACUGGGUCCUUGAAAAGAAAGGAUAUUAGCUUUUUGAACGAUACCGUAACCUCUUUGUUUUCAGUCUUGCCCUCGUUUGCCAUCUACCCGGGCAUCUAGCACGAUGUUUUUUCCACCGUGUGAUCGUAUUCUGCAAAGGACCCAUCAUAUUAAAGAAAAAGUCGCAUUAUCUCGUAAGAAACAUUCUUUUAAAACGUACCAACUGCUAUUCCUGUGUUGAAUAUAAAUUGUGGAAUUGUCCAUUUUGAGAAAUCAAGCUUUUAACGUAGCUAGACAUUCGAAUUCAUCUCAUCAAAUUUUCAACGCGAAAUGCCGAGUAACUUUAUUUCAAAGCACGGUAAAUUCUGAAUAAGCUUCGAGUUCAAGUUCCAGUUCAUUUAUUCACACUUAUUCAAUUACAAUACAACAACAAAAAGAAAAAAAGAAGUAAAAACAGAGCUAACUAUACAUUGAAUUAAACAUAACAAAGGAAAAAAAGUGCGUAGCAGCCAAAGGAGCCAAGCUUUCGAGUUGGUUACUACCACAGAUUGGUUACAAGUGGGUGGAGAUUAUACAGUACUUAUAAAAAACUAGUUAUGGAGUUAUUGGCUAAAUUAAUCAUAUUGAAAAGGAAGGGUAUAUAAGGGUAAUGAUAACUAUUUUAAAUUAAAUAAUUAAAUAAUUAGAGCUAAAUAACAGAUUAAUGUUGUUCAAGAUGCCUGACUGUCAAGUAGAAAGAGUUUAUAUUCUUUUUUUUAAAACGUUUCAAAGGGAGACACUUAAUUUUCAUAGGUGUUGCUUCCCAGGUCUGUGAUGCAACUACGCUAAACCUUGCUAGGCCAUAUUAAUUAGUUCUGGAAAAUGAUCUGCACAGGUUUUGAUUACCGGCAUACCUAGUAUUGUAUUUAUGGACAGCCGAAGCCGGUUGAACUAAGUGAUAGAGGGCAGGAGGUGUAUCAUUUUCUUGUUUAAUAAAAAGUGGAGCAUUUCAUUCUAAAAAAUUCAACGGUUGAUUUGAUCUCUUUUUGUAUCAAAAGCCGUGAAUCAAACGUUCGUCAAGCUCAAUACGGACCCAGUGUGUUUCGGGACCAAGGACGACGCCUAUGGUGAAUUUCAGGCUUUGAAAGGUGGCAAACUAAGGAAGGUCAAGUUGGUUCAUCUGUAUGGCUACGUUACCUGUGCUAAACCCUCUCCCAUAUAUUGGUCGCAUUGGGGUUGUGGCCUUUUCAAAGCUGGUGACAGUACGGAUUUCAUAAUUGUGGCCUUGACAAACGAAAGCAAUAAGAUUCUUUUCCCGCCAAGCGAAUUGGGUAAAGGCGCCCACGGUUGGCUUUUGGUUCCUGGUUACAACUCUUAUUCGACUGAGCUUGUUAUGUCGAUUUACGACGCUCCUGUGUCGGUUACCGCUGGUCAGAAGCUGCGCCUAUGGUACCUCGAGGAUUUGAAGAAAUCCCAUGAAUUCGAUAACCAUGGAAAAGCAUGCGCCGACAUUUACGGUGAAUUCAUGUGACUGAACUCUAGAUGCUCAUGGGGCAACUGGUCACUAAAGGGAAUAUAUAUUAUCAAUAGAAGACAACUCGGACGCAGAUAACUUUGGAAGGACACGCGCAGAUUAGUUUAGGGUGAAUUAAGUUCUUGUAAAAUUCCUAUUUUGUCUUGAUAAGUUGUAUAGCAACUAUUAACUGACUAAGGGAAUAAAAUAGAGUUAAAUGAAUAUGAAGGAGAAAAAGCCUUUUUUGAUACUAUAAAUGAAUUUGUCAUUUCCGUUAAUCACUAUGUCCUUGAAAAUAGCCCAAGUUCGACAUUUAAAAGUUCUAACAUGACUCUAGGCUUUCUGGUCAUAUUUCUAUACUUGGUUUGGUUUUUUUCAGUGCCCAAGUCUCUUUUGAGCAUUGUGAGACAAUGGAGUUGCGAAACGUUUGUAAGUUUGUCCAUAAAGCCUCAGAGUCAUGUUAGAAUUUUAAUACUAUCGAGCGUAGGCUAUUGGAGCGGAGAAUGGGUAGGACUUAUAAACGCAAAGGCUCCCUGAAUCGUUUGGAGGGACAUCAAAAACAUGGCGGACAGCAGAAAAACACCGUUUAAAAACGCUCUCUAGGUUAUUUUGACUGGAGAAAACAUACCUGGUGCAUCGUGGUCUUAAGUAUUCUGUAUUAGUGAACGUUAGUUGCAUUUCUGAAACUGCUAUUGCAGUUCGGAAGAAAGCAUUUGCAGUGCGCCAUGUUUGUUGACCUUCAUUGUCCCUGCACACGAUCCCAAGAAUCUUUGUGGUCACAUCUCGUACCCAGUUUUUCACGCGUUUAGAACAUGGUGAAUAGAGACGAUUGCUCAAGUCAGGUCAGCACUAUUUAACAUCCGUCGAAAAGACCAAGUCAUGUCAAGUUCAUUUAACUGUACUAUAAUAUGGCUGGCUUCGCGAGAAAGCAAGAUGAAUCGCAUUCCUUGCUCUGUUUGUCUACCAACACAAAUAAGCACGCUGUGUCUAACCUGCUCGUUCCUGAUCAUCCGCUUUUGGCAUUUUUCUUAUAAUGAAACCUUUAUUCUCCAUUUGCCCAUUUCCCUUAAUACACCAUGUUUUACCUGAAAAUUUUGCAUAACCAUUGUUUUCAGUUUCCUCUGGGUAACACAAUUUUCCUAUGAGAAACAGAGGACAAUACUUAUGUAAAUGUUUGGGAGAUGUGCAAAUAUCGAAUUUACUUAGUCUCUUAAGUCAAUUUUGACCGAGUCCUUUCCGAAACUAGACUAUUAU